CUACAAUCUCCCAGCGAGGGUGGGGGGAGAGGCAGCGGUGCCUAGGAGCUCAGCCAGCACGACGCGUCGACGAGUGUCGUGCGGAGCAGAUCAUUCAUUCAGUAUUCCCUUAGUAUUCAAUCGUUGGAGAUUAUCAGCUAUGGAUCGCGCUUUUCUCACUUGCAUCUGCUGCAGCUCGGAUACGACGAUAACUGUGACUUGAAAUUCACAAAGAUGCGGGAGAGAUGCGGCAUGAUCCCCUGGUGUCCAGCAGGGAUCUAAAAAAACAUCGGGAUAAUGUGAACGAAAGUGAUGAGAGCGGGAACACAUCGCUUGAAACACGUUACCGAGUGCUGCACGAUAACAGUUACUGAGUCCUUUGCAAGUUCUCAUCGAGAGUGAAGUUUAUAUUUUACCAUAGGUUUAAUACGCAAUUGUUAGUUAUUAUAAUCGCUGCGCUUUAGACAGUUAUAUCGGUGUUCUCAGUGUGUUCAUAUGCAAUAAUAGCCUGGUUUAAGUGUGAAUAUUACAACCGCCAGAAUGUCGUUCUUAUCGAAUUUGAAGAAGGCCUUCCACUUCGGUGGCAAUGACGCGAAGAAGAAGAAAUUGUACAACAACAUUAAGAUGGACUGCAGUCCGGAGGAGUUUUGGGAGAUGGUGGGUGAAUUGGGAGAUGGUGCGUUCGGCAAAGUUUACAAGGCACAGCACAAACAGUCCAAUCAACUUGCCGCGGCCAAAAUGUGUGCCUUAGAGGGAGAAGAUGACCUGAGCGACUUUAUGAUUGAGAUAGAUAUCUUGUCGGAAUGCAAGCAUCCGAAUAUCGUCGAGUUGCACGAGGCGUAUUUUAUCGAAGGAAAAUUGUGGAUGUUGAUCGAGUAUUGCGACGGUGGUGCUGUGGACUCCAUAAUGGUCGAGCUGGAAAAAGCGCUGACCGAAAUGCAGAUCGCGUACAUCUGUCAGCAUAUGACGAAGGGCCUCGCCUUUCUGCACAAGUCCAAAGUCAUACACAGGGAUUUGAAGGCGGGAAAUGUUCUGCUGACCAUGGCGGGUGGUGUUAAAAUAGCUGAUUUCGGAGUAUCCGCAAAGAACAAGCACACUCUGCAGAAGCAUGAUACAUUUAUCGGCACUCCCUAUUGGAUGGCACCCGAGGUUGUCUUGUGCGAAACAUUCCGAGACAAUCCUUACGACUUUAAGGUGGAUAUUUGGUCUCUUGGUAUAACUCUGAUAGAGUUUGCGCAAAUGGAGCCACCGAACCACGAAAUGUCGCCGAUGCGAGUGCUACUUAAAAUACAGAAAAGCGAUCCUCCGAAACUGGAUCAGCCGGGAAAAUGGAGUAAGGAAUUUAAUGAUUUUAUAGCUAAAGCACUUAUAAAGGACCCGAGCUCGCGACCUACAGCUGACGAUUUGUUAAAACAUCCGUUCAUAAGCCGGAAUUUAGAUCCAAAACCUGUCAGGGACUUGUUGCUUGAAUAUAAAGCGGACGUUGUUGAAGAGGAAUUGGUGGACGAGGAGGCGGAGGAGCAGCGCACAUCUCAGCUUCCUCUGGAGCUGGAUCAAAUCGCAGAUGACUCCGCAUCUACGCGCACUGAUGCCGAUGUUAAGAUCGUCGAAAAGGAAAAUCUCGUGAUAUCACCCGUGAAGAAGGAGGAGAGUCAUAAACGCGAAAUCAAUCGGGAUGGCGAGAAAGAGGAUAAGAAUAAGAGAUUACGUAAGACUGAGUCCAAAGAGAACAUACAGCCACCUGUCGAGAAGAAACAGGCACCCAAGCCACCGGCUGGCGAAACGAGCGAGCGUAGAUUAUCUCGAGAUAAAGGGCCAGCGCCCCCGCCACCGCUCAUGCGUCAAGACAGUAAAAACGAGGAGAAAGAAAACAGUGUGAAAGACGUCGAGAAGGUGGUCAAUAUCGUGAAUGUUGCGGACAAGCAAAAAUAUACUGAGGAUAAACUGCAGCAGAUUAACAAAUUGCCGCAGAACGAGAAGUUGGCGGAUCAGCAAGCGAUAAGCAUCAAGGAGCGGAGGAACUCGGAGGCGGAAGAUCAAAACGGAUCGGUGGACAAGACUGAAAAGGCAAAGAAAGUGGAAAGCGAGGAUAGAGGCAAACUUUUCGACAACAUCAAGCGAUUUGAGAAUCAACAGAAAUUGAUGAACAAUAAAGCGGCGAGUCCCUCCUCGAAGAAGCAAUUAGGUAUAAACGAAAAGCGCAAGUCGGCACCCGUGAAACCAGAGAUGAUCGAGGACUUGUCAAAGAUAAUAUAUAAUAAACAACUGUCUCUGCAAGAUAAGAAUGAAACAGGAAAGAAACUGCAAUCCGUUGACGAUAUAACGAAUUACGAUCCGCAAUCGCGAGAGAAGGACUACAAGAGUUUGGAGGAGAAACGGAAAUCCGUCGGUGAGAAAUUGAACGCCGUGUUGGAGAAGCGAUUGUCCAUGGAUUCCGGGAAGAAAAUGAGCAACGCUUCGAUGGAAACGUUGAAGCACAUAUCCGUCGCGUCGACGUUUCUGUCGGAGAAGAACAGCGUUAAGGCCAGCUCAACGGAGGAUAUCAAAACACAGUUCGGUGUAACAAAGACUGAGGGCCUUGCGAAGAGCCGCAGCGCCGGAUCGUCUAGGAACGAUUCCCUGGAAAGCUUCUCGGACGAAUUGCACACGAAAUCGGACAGCAGGAAGUGGUCGAGCACGGAGCAAGAGGACGCGGUGAGCUCGGACGAUAAGAGCUCGGAGAAACAGGAUUCCGGAAUUAACGUGUCGGUAAUUACGUCGACGCCGAUUAGAAGCAGAAGCGGCUCGAGAAGAAGUAGCGGGGAUAACAUAGUCGUUAUCACAGGGAAAAGUCAGCCCGAGCAGGAAAUACGUUUAAACACAUCGACCGUCCGCAUUACCGCCGACUCGCCGGACUUAUCGAACAGUCUGGCAAGUAAUAUCAGUCAGAUAACAGUUGUAACGACGCAUCCUCCUGUGUUGGUGGACGCGGCGACUCCCCUUCCCCGGCGCACUUCACCGACGUCGGAGGUCAUCAUAGUCGCCAACGAGAUGAACAAGACCCAGGUGAACGACAAUUCCACCGAUGACGACGGAUUUCCUAGUCUGGACAGUUUGGAGUAUACGCCGCAAGAACAGCCCAUCAUAUUCACCGACGUGUCCAAGAGAAUCGGCAAAAAGCUGGACGAAUCGGAGGUCGUUAUAGUGAGCCCGAUCGUGGAUGAGCCGCAGGACACCAGUCACGUAUCCGUGGUGACGGUCGGCGAGGACAAGGAGCAGGUGAAGGACUCGUCGAUCUCCAAGAAGCAGCGCAACGAAAGAUCGAGCAGCGACGAAAUGCUAGCCGGCAAUACGACCGUCGAGUCCGCGGACGAGUACGACAGAGGCACGAAGAAGAUGAACGGCCUGAUCAAGAACGAUCAUCACGCCACUGACGAGAAAGUCGCGAAGACGGUUAAGCCGAAGGGGAAGCGGGUCUCACCGGACAGCUUCGAGGGCUCCAGGUCUCAGAGCGACUCCAGUUCUAUAAGGUCGCACACGCCGAGCAAGAGCAUCGACCGCUCCGACGCCGAGUCCAUCUCCACGACGAUCAGCCAGGAUAGCAGGGAGUCGAACAAGGAAAAUCGCCAGGCUCAGCACACCGAAGUCGACGAGGAAGUCGUUCUACGGCGCAAGCCUGAUUACAGCCGCGAGGUAUCGUCGAGGCCGGCCAGGACGAAAGAGGACAUACAGAUGAUGAAUCUGAAGAAGAAGACGCGGAAGCGCACGAGGAAGUUCGAGAUCGACGGCGUCGUGGUGACGACUACCACCUCGAAGGUGAUCUACGGUGACGACGAGAACGGCAAGGUGUACGACGAUCAGAUAUUCCGUAAGCAGGAGCUGCGGGAGCUGAAGAUGCUGCAGAAAAUGGAGCAGAAACAGUUCCAGGACCUCUCCCAGAAGGCUCAGUUCAACAAGGACCAGCAGGAGAAGCGGUUCGAGCAGGAACGGCAGAUCCUGGAGCGCAGCACCGAGUCCGAUCUGGACGCGCUCGUGAGGCAACAGAGGCAGCAGAUCGAACGUACGGAGGCGCAACAGGAGGUCGACCUGCGGCUCGCGUCCAAGAAGAUACGCGGCGAGCAGGAGAGGGAGCUGAAGCAGUUCCGCGAGGGCCUGAAGCAGGAGCUGCGGCUGCUCAAGCAAGAGAUCGACCUGAUGCCGAAGGACAAGAGGAAGAGCGCGUUCAAGAUACGGAAGGAGAAGCUCGAGGCCGAGCACGAGGAGAGGGAGAAGCUCUUCCUCGAGAAGCUGAACGAGAGCCACGAGAUGUCGCUGAGGAGGCUCUCGGACGGCUACCGCGAGAAGAUCGCUCUGAUGGAACGGCAGUUCCUGCAACAGAAGCAGCAGCUGAUGCGCGCGAGGGAGGCCGCCAUCUGGGAGCAGGAGGAGCGGCAGAUACACGAGAAGCAGCAGCUGCUCAAGAGGCAGCUCAAGGACAUAUUCUUCCUGCAGCGCCACCAGAUGCUGAUACGGCACGAGAAGGAGCUCGAGCAGAUGAAGCGGAUGAAUCAGCGGAAGGAGGAGGAGCUGAUCAAGCGGCAGACGGCCGAGCGCCGGAACCUGCCUAAGAGGAUUCGCAACGAGAUGAAGGCGCGCGAGAUGAUGUUCCGGGAGUCGAUGAGGAUCUCGAUGUCGUCCGUGCUCGAUCCCGACGCCGAGCGCGAAAAGCUGAAGAAGUUCCAGGAAAAUGAGAAGAAGAGGUACCGGGCGGAGCAACAGAGAUUCGAGCUCAAGCAUUCCAGACAGUUGGAGGAGGUGAGGGCGCAGAGCGACGCCACGAUCAAGGAGCUGGAGCAGUUGCAGAACGAAAAGAGGAAAAUGCUGAUGGAGUACGAGACGCUGAAGCUGAAGGAGCAGGAGGAGGCCUAUGGUAAAGAUCUCCGCGAGUGGAAGGCGCAACUGAAGCCCCGCAAGCAGAAACUUGAGGAACAGUUCGCGUUACAAUUGGAGGAGCAAGAGGCGAUUUAUGGGCCCAGCGCGGUACCGUUGUGCUUGCCGGCUGAUCUCCCCGACUUAACACAUAACACGACCGAGUCUACGCGUAGCUCGUUGUCUUCUGUGAGCGAGGGCUGAAGAAAAGAAAGAAACGCCGACAGACACGAAUAUGCGAGUGUAUAUAAUUUGUACAAGUUGGCCUAAAACAUCUGCGCGGGAUACGUUCUCGCGAUUGUGUAUGUACGUACGGCAAGAAUUCGUUCCGGAAUUGUUUCGACGUAGCCUCGAAAUUUUUACACAUUAACUUUCCAUCGAGGGGCUUGUUUUGCAGAUCUUUUCAAAUCUAUAUUUAAAGUAAAGGCGUUACGAAGCUGUAAGAAACUUUGUAAACACUUUAAAUUUGCGCUGCCAGAACUCGUUUGGGAAAUUCGUUCCCCGAAGAUGUAUUUCUUCACGUAAUUAUAUAAAACAUGUGUUGUUUAUGUAAACAUAGAGAAACGAUUAUUGUUAACAUAUAUAAAAGUGAUGAAACUCAUCGAGAGCGUCACAGCGUGUGAUGUUGGUAGCGAAUGCGAUGUUAAUGCAAAUAUCGUUCUUUUCAAAUAUGAAUUUCGGACGAUCUGAAAAUGAGUUCUUCAACUCAAGGAUAUCCUCUUGAGGUUGGUGACCUGAUGAAAUAAAAUAGCAGCAUUUGAGCGAAAUCGUCGAGUCACGUGUUAAUUUCUCGCACGAGUUCCCGAAAAGGGCCGAAUUUUCACGAAUUAUCACACACAUAGCCGCUUCACGAAAGUUCACGGAGAAUACUUUAUAAACGACUAUACUGCAAAAGCCAGUUUGAUACUAGUAUUUUGUUGGGAAGGAAUAUUGUAUAUAUAUAGAGAGAGAGAAAUUGUUAUUAUAUUUAUACAUUAUGUGAGAGCACGUUGUGGUACACUUAAACCAAUCCGCCCAUGUCGAUCCUGGAGUAUCGCGUUGCGUUUUAUUGUAAUGCUGAGAGAGCAUCGACGAUAAUAUCCAGUACUUUCUUCCAUAUGAAAAUUACCUCCGCCAAUCGUCAGCCUAACCGAUAAUAACAUACUUUCAAAAAAGAGGAGGAUAAUCCGCCGACCACCAUUGCAUAUGUACGUUUUUUUUUUUUUUUUUUUUUUUUNUG